AUGCAAACCCCAGUCUCGCUUCUUUCGCCCCUUGGCUACAGGAACAAUAGUUGUGGAUAUUGUCACAAUGAUUCAGGCAGUUAUUCGUACUACGCCAGGACCCAAUCACUCCAACCAGAAUUUUAUCAAGGACUUCUCGAUCGAGGAUGGAGACGCUCAGGUACCCUUCUCUAUAAACCCGAGCUUCGAAAAUCAGGCUGUCCACAAUAUACCAUCCGCCUAGAUUCCCACCAAUUUCGCGCGACAAAAGAUCAACGGCAAGUCGUAAAUCGUUUCAAUAAAUAUGUCCUCGGAGAUGCAUAUACAAAAGAAGCAGCAAGAUUAUUUCCAAAAUCACGCGAGCAAGCUAAGAAACGCAAUACGGACUUUGAUCUCGAGGAAAGAAUUCAUGAAGGGGAAAAGGAAAGAGUUAAGACACCACCGGAACCAGCACAUGCUUUUACUGUUACGUUGGAAACAGAUGAGUUUACAGAAGAAAAAUAUACUCUUUUUGAAAAUUAUCAAAGGAUUAUUCAUCAUGAACCCCCUGAUAGAAUAAGUAAAGGAGGUUUCAAAAAUUUCCUCUGCUCUUCCCCUUUACCACGAAAGUACCACACAACCAUCGACGGCAAAAUCAAACAUUUAGGUUCCUACCACCAAUGUUACCGUCUCGAUGGAAAAUUGAUCGCUAUAAGGCGUUUCUGGAUCUCCUCCCUAAAUGCGUCAGCGCAGUCUACUUCAUGUAUCACGAAUCGGUACAUUCUCACGGCUUUGGAAAACUAG